CUCCUUCUCUCUCUCUCUCAUUUGUCUCGGUGUGCAUCUCUCCCGGUACCCUCCCCCUGCCUCAAUUAUAUUAUUCCCCCAGACUUGGAAGCUGCUGCCUGAGCUGACGCUUUGAUGGUAUCUGCAAGCGUUUGCACUGAUCUUAUUUCUGCCCCCUGAAUAUUAAUUCCCGCAGCUGGUAGCAAUCCAUCUCCCCAGUGACGGGCGCCCUACUAGAGGCAGGUGGGGGGAGCCACCAUCAAAUCAUAAGCAUAAUAAUAAUACAAAGGGGAGGGAUUCUUCUGCAAGCAAGAGUCAGGAGGAAAAAAAAAUAGCGAUGAGUUCGUCGCAUAGAUGGAGCACAGGAAGCUCGCUGUACUGGACUCCUGUAUUUUCACAGAAAAUGACGGUGUGGAUCCUGCUCCUGCUAUCGCUGUACCCGGGUUUCACUAGCCAAAAGUCAGAUGAUGACUAUGAAGAUUAUGCUUCUAAUAAAACAUGGGUCUUGACUCCAAAAGUUCCAGAGGGUGAUGUCACUGUCAUUUUAAACAAUCUGCUGGAGGGAUAUGAUAACAAACUUCGACCCGACAUAGGAGUGAAACCAACAUUAAUUCACACAGACAUGUAUGUGAAUAGUAUUGGUCCAGUGAAUGCUAUCAACAUGGAAUAUACAAUUGAUAUAUUUUUUGCCCAAACAUGGUAUGACAGACGCUUGAAAUUUAACAGCACCAUUAAAGUCCUCCGGUUGAAUAGCAAUAUGGUGGGGAAGAUCUGGAUUCCAGACACUUUCUUCAGGAACUCUAAGAAGGCUGAUGCACACUGGAUAACCACUCCCAAUAGGAUGCUGAGAAUUUGGAAUGAUGGCCGAGUGCUCUACACUCUAAGGUAA